AUGGACAAACUUCCUAUUGAAAAAUCAUCAAGUUCAGAACCUGAAAAUGAUGAAUUGCAGUCAAAUCCAAACGCAUUGAAGUCUCAUGGUUUCUCUGAUGAAAAUUUUAACGAAAUGUUUAACAAAGAAGAUGGUAGUUACCAAGAUAAGGAAGAUGACAAUGGCUCAAACGAGAAUUCUAAAAUGACAAUCAUUAAUGAUACGGAUGAGGAUGAUGAGGUUAAUGACAUGCAAUUUAUUAAUAACGAAAUGGUUAACAAUGAUAUUUGUAUCAAAGAUAAUGGAAAAGUUGAAGACAAUGACUCAAACGAGAAUUCUAAAAUGACAAUCAUUAAUGAUGAUGAGAAUGAUAACAUGCAAUAUUUUAAUGACGAAAUGGUUAACGAAGAAGAUAGUAGCCAAGAUGAGGACGACAAAGAUAAAGACGAUGUCACAAACAAUAAGUCUAGCAAUAAAAUGAUAAUCUCCAACAAAGAUGAUAAUAGCCAGGACGAGGACGACGAAAAUAGUGAAGACGAUGACACAAGCGACAAACCUAUCAAUAAAAUGUUAAUCCUCAACAAAGGGUAUAGCAGCCAAGAUGAGGACGAUGACAAGAGUGAAGACGAUGAUACAAGCGAAAAAUCUAGCAAUAAAUUGACAUUCUCCAAUAAAGAUUAUAGUAGCCAAAAUGAGGACGACGAUAAGAGUGAAGAUGACGACUCAAUUGUUAAAUCUAACAAUAAAAUGACAAUCUCCAGUGAUGAUAGUAGCCAAGAUGAGGACAACAAGAGUGAAGACGAUGAUACAAGUGUUGAAUCUAGCAAGACUGAAAACGAUGAUUCAGGUGAUGAUUCUAGCAGUAAGGCUUCGACUUCUAGCGAAAACAAUUAUAUUGAUAGUAAAUCACGUUUAAGUUUUGAUGACAAUAAUUCAAUUAAAUUUUACAACAGCAACACAACCAGUAGCAGCCAAGAUAAUGUAGAUAGUGAAUCAGUUAUAAGCCUUUGUGAAGAUAAUAUUAUAAAUGAUUUUGAAUCUGAAGAAGACAACUUUUAA